AUGAUCAAGACCCUCAAUCCUUAUGCUUCGACAGCUAAAACGGCUGAGAUUAUGUCAAGGUACAGGCCUAUAGCUCCAAAGCCAGAGACACCAUCGAGUCCCACAAGUGAAACGCCGCCACUGCCUACUACUACGACGACGCCGUCCAGUAAUACUACAUCACAAAAGAUUAGGCAGUCCCCUUACCUGAGAAAUCUUUGGCCACAAUUGCAGGCUCGGCCCACCAGAACCAGGAAGAGAGGUCGAGCUGCUUUAUCACCAUCCACUACUCUUAAGCGCCAAAGGACUCACGCACUUGGGCAAUCUCCAGCUCCUAGCCAUGUGGCUUUCCCGGCAAACAACAUCUUGCAAGGUUUUACUCAUGGGCUUUCCCAGCUCUCCGCUCCACACCUCUUGGAUCAGAAGCCCACUAACAGUUUGGUGACACUGCCUCUCCUCCCAUGUCAUCCUCCUUCGACCCCCGUUGUUUCAAAGCAUGAUUGGAUAAAAGCUUUUGGUGAAGAGAAUCCGGUUAUAGACUUGAAUACCAUAGCUGAAGUUCCUGAAGAGAAAGAUCUUUUGAAACAGCUGCAGAGGCUUCCAACCAGCCCCACCACCACCAAUGUCAUUGCACCACAACCCGUUAGACCGGUGGGGUCCAUCAUAUGCGUGCGGUCGAUAAGCGAGGAUCUGGCCCAAUCCUUGGUAGCUCAAGCUCCCAAGAAUCCAGAGGAAGUUGAGGCGGAGGUCGAGUCUGAGGUCCUGCCAGUUGUGAUAUCAGACUCCAACAACAAAGUUAGGAUGGCAAAUUCUGCUUACAAGGAGUUAGUUGGUCAGCCCGAAUGUUCCUGGCUCGAUUCCAUGGUGACCAGUACGGAGGGACGGCUCGGACUCGGAGGCGGGUCAUGCAAGAGAAUCGGCGGAGAGGUGGCGCUUCAGUUCUCCGACACAACUGUGCCGUUUUCUUCAAAUGGGUUCUCCUGCUGGGUGAGGAUAGAAUGGGGAAGUGAUGGGAAUAAGAAUUCAGUCAAAGCUUUCUGUGAUGUAAUCAGAAUAUCAUGCGAGCCAAAGGACUACGUCUUCACUUGGAGGUUCCAUAUCCACACCAGAGAGGCAUCUCAAUCAAGUUGUAAUGUUUGAACUAUGUCAUGUAAAUAUAAUAUAAAUAUAUAUAGUAGUAGUUUAGUUAGAAAAAUGCAGCUUAUCUACAUUGUAAUUGUACGUGUCAACAUCGAAUAUAUAUAUAUAGU